GAGAGAGAGGGGCAGAGGGAGGGAGAGAGAGACUUUUGCACAGCUUGUCCAUCUUGUUAGUCCUGUGCCAGCUACAGCAUGCAUGUCUGCCUAUCUGUUGUUUUGUGGCUUCGUGUCUGAAUGCGCGUCUCGCUCUGAUCUCCAGCAUCUGCUUCUCACCUAGCAGCUCGUUCAGCACCUUCACCAAGAGGACGCAGCAGCUGGUCUUCAUUCUGGAGGAAAAGGCCCCAGUCGAGUCCAGCAGGGGGGAUGGAGGAGGCGGGGAGGCUGGUUCCCUCAGCCUUAGCUCUGCUGCUCUGCCUCUGACAGAGAGCCCCGGAGCCUGGCAGAGUGAGAGCCUGCUGGCAGAGUCCUGGUCCACGAUGGGUGACAUGGACCCAGAGGACACCAAGAGCCUGGACAGCAACGACGAGGCGAUCCUGGGUGGAGAGGAGAACCACUGCUCCAUCUCCGACAUGGUCCACCUGGAGCGAGAGGAGGCCGAGAUGCUCGAGGAGGCAGAGAAAGAGGAGGGGGCGAGGAGAACAGAGGAAGAGGAGGAGGAUGACGAGGAGCUGCAAACGAGCGUGUUGAGUGUUUUAGGCGGGGAGAGGGAGCUGGUUGAGCUCAGGCAGGAGGAGAAGGACCUCCACGCCCCAGAAACUGAGGAGCUCCUGGUGUCAGCAGAGGAGCCUCACAAGAAGAAGCCUGCGGGGUUCAUGCUAGUGGUUCCCCCGAUGGCGCUGCCUCCUCUGCCUAUCGUCAGGUUUGAUCCCCCCUCCACGACGUCCACCCCGGUCCCUUCAACCACAACCGCUGAAGCUGAUGAGCUGUACUCCACUCAGGGGCUCCACCCUCCUUCUUUCCUCACACGGGUGGCAGCAGAGCCUCUGUCAAAGAGUCUUGAGCAACUAAAAUUCUCGCAGAUUCCCCUGUCGGAUGCGGAGGAACAUUCAGUCAAAGCUUCUCAAGCAGCACCAGAAAAGCCGGAGCCACCGCAGCCCGCUGCUCCCAAGACUACCAAACCUCUGAGCUCCACUGAGCUGCUGUGUGGAGGCGCUGCUUUAGUUGCUGUUGUGGGAGUAGUGGCUUAUGGUGCUGUGGCCUACUGCAGAAAGUAAUCUAGAUUCACCCAAAGUUUUUGAAUCUAUUCCAAAUGAAAAUAUUCCACUUAACGCUCUGAAUUCUGGAUUUGACUCUCUUUCACACUCUUUGUAUUGUAAUUAUUAUUAGACACAUUAAUUAGAUUUUGCGGAUUCGUUUUGUGCUACCUCAGCUCAUGGCCUUUGUUUUUCUGUAUACAAUCGAUCUCUGAUCUCUAAAAUGUCAACCUGGAAUGUAAAAUCAUGUAAAGGUAGAAUUUUAAAGAAUCCUAAAACUUGAAAUGUUUUGAUUGUGUCUCUUAUUACGUCACCAGAAACAAACAUGAGGGAUUCAAUUAGACACCCGUUCCUCUUCCAGCUGCAUCAUGUUACUCUCUAGACUUUGCACAGAUAACUGCUCCUAUGUUCAGCCAAUAUAUACCUUUACAGUUCAUCUGCAUGCAUCUGUGUUGCAUAUAAGAAAUGAACAGCAAGAGAGCAUUGAGUGAGCCUUUAAACCUGCAAGUACUGCUUUGUUUGGCCACUAGGGGGCAGCAUAACUAAACUGUGAACACAACACUGACAUAUUAUUAUAUUUUAAAUAGAUGUUGGAAGCUUUGCCAUCAGUGUGUGAAUGUUGGCGAGUGGUCUGCAGAAUAGAAGUUAAUAUA